GUCAACGAGGCGGAGGAAGAGCAGUUACGGAGCGAACGGGAGCACCAACGGGUGACCCAGUUGUGUCAACAAGCCGAAGCCAAGGUCCAAACCCUCCAAAAAUCCCUCAAACGCGUCAUCGUGAAGAGCAAACCUUAUUUCGAACUCAAAGCUCAGUUCAACCAAAUCCUCGAGGAGCACAAGUCGAAGGUGACAGCGUUGGAGCGGUUGGUUUCUCAAGCCAAGACGCGUUAUUCGGUGGCUUUACGCAAUUUGGAACAAAUCAGCGAACAAAUCCACGCCCGGCGCCUCCAACGCCUCAUCGUUCGCCGAGCGUCGCCGGUCGGAGCCGAAGCGAGUCCCCAACACGGCGAAAAUCAGGUGGGGGGGACAGGAGGGACAUUUCUGGGGAGCGAAGACCCCCCCAGCGACAAUCUUUCCGUCUUGAGCCUUCAAACCAUCGCUUCCGAUUUACAAAAGUUCGAUUCCGUCGAACAUUUGGUGGGAUUGUCGGAUGCCACCUCCCUCAACAACGAUGAGUUGGAGGAACGGGAGCAGCGCCGGGGGG